AUGGUAGAUGGACUUGGGGGACCUGCAUAUGAUGCUACAGUCAGAGGUCACAUGUCCGAUAGCGAGGAUUGUGAUAGACUGAACUUAGAUGCACAGAGCCCUAAACCAAAGAGUGCUGGAUUCGCUACAUCCUUACCCCGUGGUUUCAAGCUAGCCCGCCCUCUCUCAAUUGACGAGAGUCGCUAUGUCAGGCGUGGUAGUCUUGGGGCAGCGAUGAUGGGACCGUUCCACCUGAGCGUAGGGAGUUCCACCGGCUAUCAGUCGAGUACGACCAAUGCUUUGAAUCUAGGAGGGGACUCUGGGAGUAAUCUUACCAGAAUGAGGCCUCUUCUUGGACAGUCGGCACCUUCACUGUCAGCCAGUCUGGGAAUGAAAAGAUAUUCGUUUCCCCCUUCCAAUCGUCAGAUGAGGAAGGAGAUGUCUUUGGUACGAAGAGGGAGAGCUCCCAGUUCCUACAUCGAAAGGGUUAAGACCAAACACUCACUCAUUUACAAACGCCUUUAG